AUGUCUACCAUAUGCAAAUUUCCGCUAGUUUUAUUCACAGUAUAUUUUACAAUUGCAUAUUCUUCAAAGGUUCAAAUAGCUAAUAAUAAUAAGAUUAAUAAAGGCUAUAUUGACUUUACAUUUAAAAAGAAAUAUGGGGUUAAUUAUGAUACUGCUACAAGUCAUUCUAAUGUGGAAUUAAAUUUACAGAAAAGAGACACUGGGUUUGAAUUAGUAGAAAUCACAAACCAACAAAGUUUUUAUUCUGUACAAUUAAAUAUUGGAUCGCCAUUCCAGCAAGUUGAAGUGUUAGUUGACACAGGAUCAUCUGAUUCGUGGAUCACUGGAUCUGAUAAUCCAUAUUGUUUGGGAAAUAGAAAUUCACAGAUUUUACCAAGCGAUCAAAUUGAUUGUAGUCAAUAUGGCACAUUUAAUAAAUCAGAAUCUUCUACUUGGUCCCAAAAUGAAACAGCUCCACCUUUUUUUAUAUCUUAUGGUGAUACUACAUUUGCAUCAGGAAUCUGGGGUCAAGAUCAAUUACAUUUGGAAGAUAUUAAUAUCACUGGACUAUCAUUUGCCGUGGCUAAUAGGACAAACUCUACUGUUGGACUUCUUGGUGUUGGUUUACCAUCAUUGGAAGUUACAAAUGCUGGUAGAAAUGGUUACCAAUAUGAUAAUUUUCCAAUGAUUCUAAAACGUUCUGGUGCUACUCGUUCUUCUGCAUAUUCACUUUAUUUGAAUAGUUUAGAUGAAGAACAUGGGUCGAUUUUAUUUGGUGCUGUAGAUAAUUCAAAAUAUACUGGUUCACUUUACACCAUACCAUUAAUUAAUACUCUACAAAAUUAUGGUUACGAUAAACCAAUUCAAUUUGAAGUUACUUUACAAGGAAUUGGUCUUUCUAAAGAUGCCAACGGUUCUAACAUAACUUUAACCACAACAAAAAUUCCAGUUUUACUCGACUCAGGAACUACUCUAACCUAUCUACCAAAACCCAUCCUUGAUUAUUUAGCAGAUAAUAUUAAUGCCACUUUUAGUCAAAAUCAUGGGUAUUAUGUUGUUCCAUGCAACUCUGAUGGAAAUAGCAGUUCAUCUUUUGAUGAUAAUACCCACUUAGUCUUUGAUUUUGGAGGAUUCCAUAUCGACACUCCAUUAAGAGAUUAUUUAAUUAAUAUAAGUAGAAACAGGUGUAUUCUAGGACUAAUACCUCAAGAUUCUAAUUCUGGUAUUCUUGGUGACACAUUUUUGUCUCAUGCUUAUGUAGUUUAUGAUUUGGAAAGAUUAGAAAUUAGUAUGGCUCAGACCAGAUUUAUUAAUAACUAUGACGCUGAUGAUGCUAAGGGAACAGACGUUAAUAUUAUUGAUGGUAGUAAUGCUGUUCCUGGCGCAAUAAAAGCUGCAGGAUACUCUAAUACUUGGUCUACUACAGUAAGUACAGUUGGCUCCUGCGGCAAUAUCUUUACAUUGCAACCACAUGUUACAGAAGUUGAUUCACAGGUUUCUGUUACAGAUUCGACAGCAAUCACACCUACCACUACUACUCUGAGUAUGACAGUAUCAGGAUCUACUUCUACAUCAACCAAAAAAACAAAAAAUUCCGCCAUCAAAGAAUCUAUUGAUUACUCAAAUUUAUCAGGGAUUAUUUUCUUAAGUAUUGUUUACCUAUUUAACUUGUUCUGA